CAGAUUCUUCGUUGUUAUUUUCUUCACCUGUGUGUCUACUCACUCUGCUUCUCUUACGAUGACCCUUAAUUCUACCGAUUCAGAACCACCACCAACUCAACCACCCUCUCCUCCACCAGAUUCCACCACCGUUAACGGCACAACCACAUCACAUCAAAAUUCAGAAUCACCAUCUUCAUCAUCACCACCUCAACCACCACCAGAACUCCAAGUGCCAAUAACGUGGCCACAAGACGGUAACCUAAGCAUAGAAUGGAUCCAAAAUCUAACACUCUGCUUCGAUUGGUCUUCCAAAAACCUCCCUCCUUCCGAACUCCCUUCCGUUCUUCCCGUUCAAGUCUUCGAUUCGCUAAUUCUCAUCGCUUCCAAAAUGCUUCAUAAGGAACCUAAUUGUGUCCCUAUUCAACCCUUUCGUUCCGAACCCGAUUCUUCUUCUUCUUCCGCUGCCUCCGUUGUGGUCGUUGGUGAUGUUCAUGGACAAUUGCAUGAUCUCCUUUUCCUUCUCCGAGAUGCUGGGUAUCCCUCGAAAGAUCGAAUUUUUGUAUUCAAUGGUGAUUAUGUUGAUCGAGGAGCUUGGGGGCUCGAAACUUUCUUGCUCUUGUUGGCUUGGAAGGUAUUCAUGCCUGAGAAUAUAUAUUUACUAAGAGGGAAUCAUGAAUCGAAAUAUUGCACUUCUGUUUAUGGUUUUGAGAAAGAAGUAAUGGUAAAGUAUGGUGAUAAAGGUAAACAUGUGUACCGGAAAUGUUUGGGAUGCUUUGAAGGUCUUCCAUUGGCUUCUAUUAUAGCAGGGCGUGCAUACACGGCUCAUGGAGGACUUUUCCGUAGUUCAACUGUGACACCUUCAAAGCGAUUAAAAGGGAAGAAGAAUCGCAAGAUUAAUGUUAAUACUGACAACAAAAAUCUCUCACUUGGUUCCUUGGAAGAAUUGUCUAAGGCUCGACGUUCAGUCCUUGAUCCUCCUUGGGAAGGACAAAACUUGAUUCCUGGUGAUGUUUUGUGGUCUGAUCCUUCAAAAAAACCUGGUCUUGCUCCGAACAAAGAAAGAGGCAUUGGCUUGAUGUGGGGUCCAGAUUGUACUGAAGAAUUUUUGAAGAAGUACCAAUUCAAGUUGAUCAUCAGGUCACAUGAAGGUCCUGAUGCUCGGGAGAAACGGGAUGAUUUCGGAGGAAUGGCUGAAGGAUAUACUAUUGAUCAUGUUGUGGAUUCUGGAAAACUUAUCACCCUGUUUAGUGCUCCAGAUUACCCACAAUUUCAGGCAACAGAGAAAAGGUAUAACAACAAAGGUGCCUAUAUUAUCCUUGAGCCCCCGAAUUUCGACAAUCCUAUAUUUCAUGGAUUCUCGGCUGUGACUCCAAGGCCGAAGGUGCAUCCCUAUUAUGAUUAUGAAGAAGUGAUAGACUCUGAUGAAGAAUUGGACUUAGCCUCCAUGGUAACUGCCUGAGAUUUUUGUAAGAAGUAAAUGUCAUGAAGUUGUGAGAUUUGUAAAAUUUUGUUUUGUUAUUUUUUGGAAAAACAGCUUUGGUAAUUAAAUUGUAGCUAUUUAUUUAUUUUUUGACAAAAAAUUGUAGUCAUUUUUCAUUCACCUGAUUUAUUAAGUGUGAUAUCAAUUUCUUCAAAUUAAA